AUGGCAGAGAUUAUGUGUGGUCAGAAAGAAGCUGCGAAACUAAAUUCAGUGCCCUUGUCUGCAAAAGUUGUGAAAGAAAGAAUUUCUAUUUUAGCAGAAAAUGUGAGGGAACAAGUUAUUUCUUCAAUAAAAGAGAGUAAAUCCUUUGCUAUUCAGCUUGAUGAAACUACAGACGUCAGUAGUAAUUCGCAGCUGAAGGUGUAUGUUCGUUACAAAGGUUUACAUGCAAUUGAAGAGGAGUUGUUGUUUUGUUCUCCCCUCGAGUUGCGAUCUCGUGGAAUUGAUGUCUUCAAUAAAAUUAAUGAAUACUUUAAUAACGCUAAUUUAAAGUGGGAAGACUGCAUUGCUUUGUCUGUUGAUGGAGCUCCAGCUAUGUUGGGUCAUGUUAGUGGUUUUUCGGCUUUGGCGAGAGAGAAAAAUCCAAAAAUUGAAGUUAACCACUGUAUGAUCCAUCGCCAGGCACUGCUUGUGAAACGUUUGGAACCUGCACUGGAAGCCGUCAUGCAUGAUGUUAUCAACGUUUUCAAUGGACAUGUACUAAACAUGCGACUAUUUCGUGAAUUAUGUACAGAUGGUGGGGCUGAAUAUACAGACCUACUUUAUCAUACAGAAGUGAGGUGGCUGUCACGUGGAAAUGUUCUGAACCGAGUGUGGGUUCUCAAAACUGAACUUGAAAUUUUUAUGGUUGAUCAAAAGCAUGUUCUCGCAGAUAAGUUUACAAACUCCUCGUGGGUUGCACAUCUCGCAUAUUUAGCUGACAUUUUUGAGUAUGUGAAUGCAUUGAACAAAGAAUUGCAAGGAAAAAACAUCAAUAUAAUUUCAGCCAGAGAAAAGAUUUCAGCGUUUGGAUCAAAGCUUUUAUAUUGGAGACAGAAAGCAGAACAAAACAAGAUUGCUGCCUUUUCAAGGUUGGCUUUGUUUUUGGAAGAUUGUGAAAAUAUUACUUUUGACGACAUCAAGGACACAGUUAUAAGGCAUCUUACCAAACUCAAAAAGCGGUUCGAUGAUUACUUUCCAGAUCUUGGUUCACAUAAUGUCAGUUGGGUUGUAGAUCCCUUUAAAUGUGAAAUUGCUGAUGUACCAGAAGAGCCUCAAGGUUUGGCAUAG